UCAGAUCAGUUCUACCCAGACUAGCAGGACCACUGAUUGGCUGUUCAGAUCAGUUCUACCCAGACUACAGGACCACUGAUUGGCUGUUCAGAUCGGACAGUUCUGUCUUGUCUGUAGUGUUUCUGUAGUAUAGUUGUUUUCUCUGUCUAUCACAGUGUGCCUGUUAGAAUAAAUACAUGAAACUGGAAUUGUCCCCCUUUUUAAAAAUGUCAUAGAUAAUACCAUUGGAUAUUUGAAUGAUAUAUUGACAGCCGAACUGGAAAUGUCCCUGGUUUUAAUUUCAGAAAUCUGGUCACCUUAUGUUACAUACCCAUAACAUCAGUACAAUUCCACAACAUCUGCUACAGAAACAGAACUGUGCUAUUUGGGUAACAGAAUGCAAGUGUCUGUUGUUUAGAGCCACUGCUGAGCCAAUAAGAAUGGGGCCAGCCCUACCAGUAGAGGGACAUGAAGCUGGCCAGACCUGCAGCUGCACCACAACAACAACAUCUUGUUGUUUAUUACCGUUCUCCUAGCAGCAGGAUAUUAUGUUGUCAGGAUCGCAGAUUUUUCCCUUCACAAUAAGAGUCCCCCCCAGUACAACUCUUUUUCACAGCAUUGCAAUCCUCUUUGAAAAAAUAAAUGGUCAUUUGUUGUAGGGUCUCUAAUAACCAAUUAUGGUUGUUUUGGAGGGGGACUGUGUCUCAUGGCCUGCUGCUGGCUUUUCACUCCACCGCCUCUACAACCUCCAAUACAUUGGGUUGUAGAGAGAAAACUGCUGGGUAUGUACGACACAAUCCCCCUCCAAAACUACACAUAUUUGCUUAGUAGUGACCCUUCUGAGUAUUUCCCACCCACUUUAGCUGAGACCAGUAGAAAAAUUGUUUCUCUCUACAAGCCAAUAUGUUUCCAUGUACAGUCUAUUACAGUGUAUUGCAUUGGGGACUAUGGGAGCUGGAGAAGGAAAUUCUGCUGGGUAUGUAUGUCUAAUAGGGCGGCGCACAAUGGGCCCCUCGUCAUCCGGGUUAGGGGAGGGUUUGGCCGGGGUAGACCGUCAUUGUAAAUUAAGAAUUUGUUCUUAACUGACUUGCCUCGUUAAAUAAAUGUUAAAAAAAGAAAGUAUGACACAGUCCCCCUUCAAAACUAACUGUAUUUGGUUAGUAAAGACCCUACUGAAUAUUCUACACCACAUCUGUAGAAAAACCCAAUAUUCUCAACAUACCAGUGUUAUUCUUUCAUUAUUGGUAAAAAAAAUAAUUCUCAACCAUAUUUUGAUUUGUUUCCUUAAAUGAUUCACCUUUCCUUUUCUUGUUGGCACAAUACAAGUAGAAGUGGCCACUGAUGUAAAAUUCAAUAUCUUUUGAAUGAAUUAUCCACAUUGCAAUAUUUAGAAAUUUGGGCUUUUAGUUUGGAGGUUUCUUUAUUAACAUACGCACGUGACGUCAUCGUUUUUGCUGCUGGCAGAAUCGCAGCACGUUUCAGUUCGGUCUUUGAUAUUAUUGUGUGCGGAAGUGAGAGACGAGCCAGCGUGUUGGUAGCCCAGAUAAUAAUUCCAAUUGACUAUGAUUUGCCCCAAUUAGUAGCAGACAAGCUGGAAAGAAACAAGAUCAACUAGUUAAUGGCUAUUGUUAACUACUAUAGUUAAUGUUAGUGGAACAUUCUCAAUUCUGUACAGGGAAAAGUAGUGUUUAGCUAAUAGCUAACGUUAGCUAGCUAUUUUAGAGAUGGCCAGGUUCAUUACACCCGGUUCCAUGGGGGCCGUCUCGCGGCUGGACGGUGCACCGGGGGGGAAGAGGGGUGCUCCAGCCUUGGACACUGAUACGGACUCCACACGGGAGAUUAAAACCCACUUCCGUGUGUGUCGGUUCAUCAUGGAAACGGGUGUGAAGCUGGGCAUGCGUUCGGUGCCCGUGGCGACAGCGUGUGUGUUGUACCACCGGUUCUUCCAGUGUGUGAGUGUGACGGUGUAUGAGCCCUACCUGGUGGCUAUGAGCUGCAUCUACCUAGCAGGCAAGGUGGAGGAGCAGCACCUUCGCACCCGUGACAUCAUCAACGUGUGUCACAGGUAUUUCCACAGUAGUAGUGAACCUCUGAACUGUGACGGUGAGUUCUGGGACCUCAGGGACAGUGUGGUGCAGUGUGAACUCCUGGUCCUCAGACAACUCAACUUCCACGUCUCCUUCCAGCACCCACACAAGUAUCUCCUCCACUACCUCCUGUCGGUGAAGUCAUUAGUGAAUCGUCACGCCUGGUCCAGAACUCCCGUCGCCGAGACCACCUGGGCGUUGCUUAGAGACUGUUACCAUGGCACCAUGUGUGUGCGCCACGCCCCCCAACACAUCGCCAUAGCAACGCUGUACCUGGCACUACUCAGCUACGGGGUGGAGGUUCCUGUCGGAGAGAGAGAGUGGUGGCAGGUGCUGUGUGAAGACAUCACUAAGGAACACAUUGAUGCCAUCAUCUCUGACCUGCUACACCUCUACGACAUGGAGGCCAAAUGUACCUGAGGGAGGGGUGUGUGUGUGUGUGUCUGUGUGUGUGUGUCUGUGUGUGUGUGUCUGUCUGUCUGUCUGUGUGCGUGUCUGUCUGUGUGUGCGCGUGCGUGUGUGUGUCUGUGUGUGCGUGUGUGUGUGUGUGUGUGUGUGUGUGUACUCUGUACUCUGAAGAACUGAGCUGUUUUUCAACAUUUCAUCUUUUUGAUAAUAAUGUUAAUACAUAACUGGUUUAGUUAGGAACUCACCAGAUUGUCUAAGACCAGCCUUUAGUUGGACACUGAUUAAAGGGAAUUAACCAGCAGACACACAGCCCUUUGACACCCAUGGUCUAUGACAUCUAAAUAAAACAGAAACAAUAAAAGCUC